AUGAGCGGCUCCAUAAGUCAGAUCGGAGCGGCGCCGCCGCCUCCUGGGCAGACACCCAACUUUGACUACCCGCAGGACGAGAGGCAUUCGAUUCACAUGGCCUUCAUGAUCUUAGCGCAAGUCAUCAUUACGAUUUUCUUUUCAAUUCACGUUUACAUUAAGUUGUCGGUCAUUAGGGGCUUUCGGUUGGAAGAUUGGCUUCAUUUUGGAUUAGGUUUUCACAUAUGGGAAAUCACGGCGAGUAGCUUCACGCGGCUCAAAAUGUUUGCCUACGUUGGCACCAUAAUGUUCUCGCCGGCUGCCUUCUUCACCAAGGCAGCUAUCUUGCUCCUCGUCGUGCGCGUCUUUGCCGUCGAAAGGAUGGCUGCCCGGAUAUUGCACACCAUCCUGGCUUUUUUUCUCGUGUGCCAUAUAGCAGCACAAGUUACGAAAGCUUUAGUGUGCAUCCCUGUCCAAGCAUUUUGGGAUCCUACGGUCCCUGACUCCAAAUGCAUCGACCAGACGAAGAUCUUCGCGUAUGACACGUCACUUGCAGUCGUAUCAGAUCUUACUGUUCUGGCUGUUCCGAUCUUUCUAAUUUGGAAGUUACGGCUUCCGACGUAUAAAAAAAUAAAAUUCGGAGGCAUCCUUGGCGCAGGCGGCCUGGCCGUUGCGGUCACGAGUUAUCGUCUGGUUCUGGUGCUAAGAUUCCAACACACGACGGACCCGACCGUUGAUUUUGUUCCAAUAGACUGGACCGCUACUGGAGAGGUUGCCAUUGGCUUGAUAUGCGCUUCCUUCCCUUCGAUCAACUAUCUCCUUGAACAACGCACUGCCACUAGAGUAUCCCCUAACGCUCCACGGACGGCAUCAUCUAGGCGGGUAAGAGCUUUGAGGACGGAAAAUAAAGACGAGGCGAUUCAGACAUGGACAGCAGCAACAGAUUCAGAUGCUCAGAUUGUGGCCACGCCGGAAAUGGAACGGACUGAACCCCAACUGUCUGAUGUUGACGACAUUGAGCUCGCAGUGCGUCCGGUACAGCCAGAGUUGGGGAAAAAAACUUGA